UGUUUUUUGAACGACAAUUGACACUGACAAAUAAUUUAAUUAAGGUUAGAAAUGUUUAGUUGUUAUUUAAGUUUAAUUAAAUUUUUGUUUCUAAUAAUGCAUUGAAAACGAUGUUUGCUGAUAAAACGAAUAAAAAUGAAAUUUUAGAAUUCAAAAAAACAAUCCAUAGUCUCAACAAGCUGUAUGUAAAUUAUGGAUUUGCAAUACAAGACUUGGAACAAUCUCUUAAAACCACUUCGUAUUCUAAUGUUUUCUUAAUAACUUUCAUUGUUGCAAUAGCAACAUGUAUUUGUUGGGAUGGAGGAUAUUUUAUUACAAUCGUUAAUUAUGUUUUUGGAGUGAGAUGUAUAUUACCCAACAAUUACUUUAUAUGGGAAGCUACUAGACCUAUAUCUAACUGCAAUUUUUGUAAAAACGUUACAAAACCGAUAAUACUAUCGAACGUAACAAGAGAAACGUUUUUGCCAUACAGUUAUAGUUCAAAACCUAUUGUGAUAAAAGGAGCUUUCUUAAAUUGGCCUGCCAUGCAAGUAUUUUCGUUAGAAUAUUUUCAAAACUUGUACAAUAACACUGAGGGUUCGAUCAAGAGCGUUACCGAGGAAUGCCAAUUUCUACACUUCAAGUCUGAUUUCAUAUCUGUUAGAGAUGUGUUUUUGAUGAGUGAAAAUCGAUCUAAAAAUCAACCAAACGAGAAAUCUUGGUAUGUUGGGUGGGGAAAUUGUCAUCCAACUAUUUUAGAAGAAAUGCGAAAGCAUUAUCCAAAACCACAUUUUUUACCAGAAGACAGUGAAAUACCAUCGAAAGAAUAUGUAUUUAUGGGAUAUGAUGAUGGCGCAACUUUACAUCUCGAUUUUAUCAAUCGGUUGAUGUGGCAAGCUCAAUUAAAAGGAAAAAAAUACUGGAAUCUACAACCGCCUCCAGAAUGUGAAAAAUUAUGUAAUACUGUAUCUUUCUAUGCUGAACCUGGAGAUGCAGUUUUAGUUGAUACGAGGGUUUGGUAUCAUGCGACUACAAUCAAACCCGGAGAUUUCAGCAUUUCUGUACAAUCGGAGUAUGGAUAGACGAUAUUUGUACCUGUAAACUUGAAACUAUGCCAAAUAAUAAAAAAAAAUAUAAAUCUUGAGUGCCAGUAAUUUAGUUGAAAUAAUAUCUAUAUUUAAUCUAAUAACGUUAAUUUGGCAUUCGCAGUUGUUUCAAUAAUAAUAUUACCCUAUAUAAUGGUAUUUUUACACUUAUAUCUACAGUUUUUAUUGAGUAUUUCUUAUUUGAAGCUCACAAUGGUAUGUGCUGGAUUUUCCAUUCCACUAAUAUGAAAAAACCAUGAGUAUUAUAGGUGGAAGGUAUAUCUUGAGCACUGUAGACUUAUUUAAAACUUCAGCUUGGAAUAAAUUUCUUUCUUAGGCUCAAAGACAGUUUCAAAAUAGUAAAAAGCUCCAUUUAAUAUCAACUUCAAUUGAUAACUUGCUAGGGGGACUCUGUAUGGGCCAAUACAAAGAAACUUAUGGGGCUCAAGUGGAAACUAUCAGAUUAUUUUAUACUAUAUGUUUGCAAGAAACAGUAGAAUUUUUCCGUAAAAAUUUAAAACAUUACAUAGAAUCGAUUAAUUCAUAAUUAUCUUUAUGAAUGAACAAAUUACUUGUUAAUAGUGAAUACACUCAAUAUUUUUAACAUCAAAUACAUUUUAGGAUUAAUUUUUUUAUUGAAUAUUGACCUGGGAAUGCCAAAAUUGAAGAAACACGCCCGGAAAUUUACAAAAUUAAUUCUGUUUUUGUAUAUUGUGGACGAUUUUAGCUAUUUUUUUAAAUUAUAACUUGAUUCCUCGGAAAUAUAAUGAGUAAUUCGUUUGUACUAGUCAAAAGCAUUGCUGUAUCAUUGGAGCUUUCUUUGUUCUGUGUGAUUUUAAUUCAGCUUCUUUCAGUCUCCUAAUGGUUAGUACAAUAAGUAACUGGUGAUAGCAUCUUAACCAAAAAAAUCAAGCUACAGUUGAAAAAUUGGUAAAAUUGACCCGAGGGUUCAAAUGAGCUACUAAGUCGAGACUAAUAUAUAAAACUUUUUAAUCUGGGCGAUUUUAGUAAUUCUUUAAAAAUUAUAGCUUGUCUUCCCAGGAAUGUAUGUAUUAAGAUGCUGUCUUUAAUUACUGCGUUUUUUAUUAUAUACAGGAGUGAACAAAAAUAAUGAAAUACAAGCUUUUAUUCAGAACACCCUGUCGAUUGAAUCGUUGAUAUUUAAGAAUGUUUACGAAAAAUGAGAUGUCUCAUCUUUUCUAAAAAAUUUUUUUUUAUUCAUUAGGAUAUCUCAAUUUUUAGAGAAAUUACAGCAUUUUAUACACAAUUAGGAGUUAAGAGUAAUAACCAAAUGGUUAGUACAAUACAUAACUGGGGAUAGAUAGCAUCCUAACCAUUCCAGAGGAAUCAAAUUACAAUUGAAAAAAUUGGUAAAAUCGACUGGACGGUUCAAAUGAACUACUUUUCAUUGAGAGUUGUCCAUUGGGUGUAUUACAAAAUAUAGUAUUUAAGAAUCAAAUUUUCUAGUCCUAAGUACGUAAUUUUAAUUUAGUCUUAUUAAAAAUAUUUAUUUCAUUGGCAAGCUGGUUAUGUGGACUACAAUUUGUUUUUGAGUUUUACUGUACAUAGUAUUGUUUAAAAAUAAGGCAGUAAAUUGAAACUAGUGGAAAAAUCUUUAUAAAAAAAUUAUAUUCCGAUUUAUUGUAAUAAUAUUUUCGUUGAUUUCAGUCUUAGUGUCAAAGUGACAUAAUUCUGCUUGUUUAUUUGUAAAUUUUAAAUUUCUUGUGCUCCAUUUACACAUACGAGUCACUUGGUGCUACAUUUGGUGAUUAAUGCGAAUAUGGACAAAUAGAAAUAUUUUUAGUGGUUAAUUAAAACCACCCUAGUAGAAAUAAGUACUGGCCGCUAUAAGAAUUCAAUUACGGAAGUUUUUUAUCAUGCCUCGUAUAAUUCAAUAUAUUUCACAUAUUUGAUAUAGAAACAAAAUUUCUACUCCAUUUUAUCCUGUUUCAAAUCCUGAUUCGACUAACCAAGUUUCUGCUCUAUUUUAUCCUGUUGUAAGUCCUGAAUUGAUUUGAACCAAUACGUUUUGAAUGAAUUCAACUUAAGUGGAAGGAAACUAAGUUUCCGCUCUAUUUUAUCCUAUUAGAAUUCAUAGAUUGAUUCAAACUCAUACUUUUUGAACGAAUUCAGCUUUAAGUAAAAAGAAACAAAGUUUCUAUCCUAUUUUAUCCUGUUUCAAGUCUUAAAUUGAUUUGAACCGAUCCAUUUUGCAUUAAUUCAACUUCAUGUGAAAGGAAACAAAGUUUCUGCUCUAUUUUAUCCUCUUUGAAGUCCUGAAUUGAUUCAAACCCAUAAAUUUUGAACGAAUUCAGCUUUAAGUAAAAGGAAACAAAGUUUCUGCCCUAUUUUAUCCUGUUUCAAGUCCUGAAUUGAUUUGAACCGAUAAAUUUUACAUUAAUUCAACUUCAAGUGAAAGGAAACAAAGUUUCUGCUCUAUUUUAUCCCGUUUGAAGUCCUGAAUUGAUUUAAACACUUACAUUAUGAAUUAAAUCAAUUUUAAGUGGAAGAAAACAAAGUUUUUGCUCUAAUUUAUCCUGAGUCGAUUCAAACGGAUACGUUCUGAAUGAAUUAAGUUUCAAAUAAAGGGAAACGAAGUUUCUAUUCAUUUCUAUUUUAUAUCUUGCAUAUCUAAUAAAUAUUUUCAAGUUUUUUGUAAUAUUUCUCCCUUAUCUAAAACAUUUAACCAAAGAAUUUGACGUAUGUUCAAAUUUUUAGUUUUUAUUUAUAAAUCUAGAGUGAUCUGUCUAUCGGAUAAAAAACUUCCAGCCUCCAUUUGGAACUUUUAAUCUUCAAAAGUGUAUUUAAUCUCACCACUAUAAGGACACGCAUCGUUCAAUAUCAUUUAAUCAAUUAUUACAGGAGGUAUAUUCGUAAAGUAAUGUGACGAGAAAACAACUACAGUGCUUUGGUUGGAAUGCUUUUGACUCUACCCCGUACAUCCACGACUCCGCUUUAACUAACUAGCAUUUUUAUCAACACAUGAAGCCUCAGAGGUACACCAACAUUCACAGUAACACUGUCUGACGCGAGUUUCGAUUACCAAGUUAUCGUCUUCAGAGACUGAAGAUAAACUGAUAGUUCAAAACAUAAAUGGCAACAUUCUUUUAGAAUACAGUAUACAAGAGGAUCUAAAUAAAAAUUAAUAUAGUAGUGCUCGCUGUAUUAGUAUAGGCUCUUUUUUUUUAAUAAAAAUUGUGCUUACUUCACGAACAUCCCUCGUAUGAUGGAAUACACAAAAUAAGGGUGGUUUAUAUUAUUAUUUUUUGAUGAAAUUUGAAUAUAAAAAUAUUUUUUCCGAAAAUGCAUCAUUUUUUAUUAAAUAAUAUAAAAAAAAUUAUGUACUGUCCCAAAUGUUGAGCCGAGGAUAUUUCUCAUUCGAAUUUAAAUGAUAAUAUGACAGAUUACUUUUAAAUUAUAUAGUUACCAAUCUCUAGUUAUAUUUAUAUUCAUAUAUUGUGCCAUUGUAUAAUAAUUGCAAUAAUAUUUAUUCUCUAUAAAACAUUUUGAUAUGAAAA